CUGGCCCUACGUUUAUUUUGCUUUGUCCGCCCAAAAGGAAACUUGCUGCAAGGACUCCACUCUAAAAUUGACUUUAUUAUGAGCCAGCACGAUGCUCAACUAUAUUAGAGACGCAAUCAUGGCUCCAACCACACGUAGCAGUCCCAAGAAGAACAAUAGCAAUCAGGCAGCAGGUGAAGUUCUCAAGGAUGUGGGCUCAUCUGAACCAAGGGAAACAGCAGGUGCUCCAAUGCGUGGAUACAAGGUUACUGAUAACGAACGGACAAGGAAAUACGGCAUUGGAGCCAAUUCCCUGGAAAUGCUAAUAACCAAGACCAGAAGCAAGUUUCCGCUGCUUGAAUUGCAUUUGUAUUUGGCAUCUGAUGGCUUCGAAGUCUCCGAUGAUGACUACUUGAACAGUCUGCCAGCUCAGACGCUGUUCAUUGUGGCUGGUCCGGAUGCCGUCAUCACAACAGAUGCCGACUUCGAGUUUGAGAAGAUGCGACAGCAAUCACCACUGCUGAAGGUGGCUGACAUUUUCUACGACUUUAUCGAACAGCAUCCGGAAAAGUUCCGUCGCAUGAUCACCGAAUACGAGCAUCAAAAGCAACGUCGUGUCCUCGACAACACAAAAGCCCACCUAAGCCUGAAGGCCGAGCACGUGGAGUGGUUCGAAGGCGGAGAGGAGCGUUUCCACUCCAAGGAGGAGGCCAUGGCCAUGAGGGCGCAGACACGUGUGCGCGGCUAUUACUAUAAGGCCAAGGAGGAGCUGACCCGGAAUCCUCUGUACCGUCAAAAUGCUAAGGCUCGACAAGUGAUAAAUUCGGUGCUGGAGCAGUUUCGUUACCUGCUCAUCGGCUGCGACUAUUUCUCCAUGAUGUUUGACCGUAGGUGCCAGCAAAAGCACGAGUUCUUGCAUCAGCAAUUGGGCGGCGAGGAAACUGAUGCUGGCAAUCUGCCCAGCAAAAGACUAAGGCAGGUGAUCAAGGAGUACACCAAGGAGAACUGCAUACUCGACGAGUGGUCCGUGUCGUUGUGCUCCGACUUAGGUGACUUUUAUUGCCAGGGCGCCUACUCGGAUAAUGGAAACUGCUGCUCCAUGCAGCACACUAUCAAUCCUUACGCCUCCCGGGAGAAUUUAAUAUUAUUCCAGGUCUGGAACCUGGACCACCAAAUCGAGUUGUGUCGCACGAUUUUGCCCGCUCUGGUGGCCAAUGUGGAAGAACUUGUUUCUUAUCCGCAGCGCAAGUGCCCACUUCACAAGAAGCAAGUUAUUGAUAUCUCCGUACUUGAGUACUUCCUCGAAAUAUUCUCAUUAAAGAACCUCAAACUGGUUCACAUUGUCUGCCACGAGAAGGUGCAGCGCUCAAGCCGUUCCAACGGUCGACUGCUGUGCUCCGACUGUCACGAGUAUCGGAUUGUGCAAGAACUAAUGGAAGUGCAGGUGGACAGCGCAACCUCUUAAAUGGUUUGUCAUAGUUGUUUAAGGUACACUAAUCUAACCAAGCAAUAUUGUAAACAAUAACUAUACAAACUCAUGUUUAACUUUUGUUGUCCUUACUUUUAAAAUCCUUAAUUAUUUAGUUUUGGAGCUUUUUAUAUUACUGAUCUCAAUUGAGAUAUGUUGUACAAAUGAAAAUUAUCUCAAAGUUAACUAAAAAAACGUACUGUUGAAAGUAUUUACAUAUAAAAUACGUAAACUAUUAA